AUGGAAAUGAAUCGCGGCCAAAGGGCCUUAAUUUUAUUGCUCGCCUUAGCGGCGGGCCCAUCGUUUGCAUAGUAAGUUCUUAUGUUGUUGUAGGCUUUGUAAAUGGCAUAUUUUAAGUUUAUAAUUUAUAUUUUUCGGGUAGUCUCAUAUAUUUUUGCCCACUAAACCUUUAGGUAUAUGAGUAUCUUCUCGCUACAGAUGUAGACCUUUAAAUAGUAAUAAUUGAUCUCAAUUACAGUGACGAUGUGAACGAUCUGCCAUUCGUUACAACAUGGCUGAACGAACAAGCUAGAACCACAUUCACUGAAAAGUCAAACGCUGAACGUGGUGAAUACUUAAAGUCAGUCUACGAAAACCUUGACACCGCUACAAAGAACGAAGUGCACGACAACUUGUUGCCAGAAUGUUACUCAUGGUUCUUGACUGAGUCUCAGAAGGAAGAAUUGGAAGCUUUACAUCAGUCUGGAGAUCAUGAGAGAUGUCAUUCAAGAAUCGCGGAAAUCAAGAAGGGAUUGACAACAAAACAACAAGAAAACAUUGACAGUUAUUGGGCUCUGUGUGAACAUGCUUGGUAUCACGAGAACCACGAAGGAGAAGGUCAUCAUGAUCAUCACGCUCAUCAUCAUCACAGAAGAAGCUUGGUGAGUUUUUUUACAAUUGUAUAUUUAAAUCGAGUUUAUUAUGUAAAAUUGGCUGCAUAAUGCCAUUUUUAAUAAUAUAGUAAACCCUCGAUUAAUUUCAAAUUUAUUAAGUAAAACGCUUUUCAGCACCGCCACGUCCGUCCAGUCAGACACGUCCACACCUCCUUCGAUGACUUUGCUUCCGAACACUUGACUUGGCUUUCUGAUGCCGAGAAAACUGAUGUCAAGGCUCUCCACGAAGGAAAUGAUCCACACAAGUCUGGAACCAAGAUCAUCGAACUCUUCAAGGAAGCUACAGGAGAGAAGAAAGAGAAGGCAACGGCUCAACUUCAAUCUGCCUGCAAAGAACUCAUCAUGAACACAGUCGGAGAAGAAGCCACUCAAGAAUUGAAGAAGUUGAAGGAAUCUGGAGCUAACCACGAAGAUAUGAGCAAGAAAGUUGACGAACUCAUCGGUUCUGUCACUGAUGAGGCCAAGAAGACCAAGGCUCAACGCUUUAAGCCUUUGUGCGAACAAGUCUACCUUAUCAGUGGAAAGAGCCGCAAAGUCAGACACAGUCACGGAGGCAAGUUGAACCACAAAGGUCAUCAUGGAGAACAUGGUUUGGACGACUACCUUCAUACCUACUUGAACUGGCUUACCGAAGCCCAGAAGGAGACUUUGAGAGAAAUGAAGUUUGCCGGCAGCUCUGAAGAAGACCUCAGAAAUCAAGUUUUGGACUUUUACGAUCACACAACUGGAGAUACUAGAGCCGAAGCACAAGAAGCCCUCCAAGACGGAUGCCGCACCUUAAUUCAAGGAGCUAUUGGAGAAACCAACGCUGAGUUGCUGAAGAACAUGAAGAAGGAAGGAAGCUCAAACUCUGAAAUCUACGAAAAGAUUCAAGAGAUGUUGGGUCAAAUCUCGGACAAGAACAAGGUCGAAAGAGCUCGAAAGUAUGCCCCAACAUGCAAGAAGGCUUUCGAAAUUGCUUCUCGUAAACGACGUGAUCACCAUCAUCAUGAACUUGAAUCCAAAUUGAAAGGAGUCUGGAGCUGGUUGACGGCCGAACAAAAGGACGCAAUCAGAGAGCUACAGAAGCAAGGAAAGAAGGAGGAUGCUCUUUUGAACAAAGUAUUUGAAUACUUCAAGGCCUUGACUGGAAAGGAAAAGUCUGAAGCUGAAGACGGUCUUCAAUCUAGCUGUGGAGGACCAAUCUUGGCUAUUUUGGGACCACAAAAGGCCGAAGACUUGAAGAAGUUUAUGGAAACUGGAAGUACUCCAGCUGCCUACGAAGCCAAGGUCAAGGAACUGUUGAACGCUAACCCAUCAGCCAGAAAGCUUUCUCAAACUGAAGAAAACUGUAAAUUGGUAUUCACACAAGCUAAUACACGUAGACGCCGACAUGAACAUCUUGACCAUCACGGCAAACACAGUUUGGAAGACUACUUGAAGACCCACUUAAGCUGGUUGACUGAUGACCAAAAGGAAAACAUUAGAAAGCUGAAGACCGAAGGCAAGUCUCGUGAUGAGAUUCAGACUGAAGUCAUGAAGUACUACAAGGAAUCUUCUGGUGAUCAAAAAGAAAAAGCUACGGCCCAACUGCAAGCUGGUUGCAGGGAACUUUUGGUUGCCGUUAUUGGUAAGGAGAAGGCCGAAGAACUGAAGAAGCUGAAGGAAGGUGGUGCUACCGUAGCCGACGUACUCUCCAAGGCCGAAGAAUUGUUCAAAUCUGCCGGAGAAAGCGAGAUCUCAAAACAAGCACAACACUAUCAAGCUCAUUGUAAGGAAGUGUUUGGUCUGAACAGAAAGCGAAGAAGUCAUGGUGACUCCGGACAUGAUCAUCACCAUCAUGAACUUGAAUCCAAGUUGAAGGGUGUGUGGAGUUGGCUGACUGAAGAACAGAAGUCUGAGAUCAGACAGUUGAAGAAUCAAGGCAAGAAGGACGAUGCUCUUCUGAACAAGGUAUUUGAAUACUUCAAAGCUUUGACCGGCAAAGAAAGAGAUGAAGCUGAAGAUGGUCUUCAGUCUAGCUGUGGUGGUCCAAUCUUGACUAUUUUGGGUCCCCAAAAAGCCGAAGAUUUGAAGAAGUUCAUGGAGAUGGGUAGCAAGCCAGAAGCCUAUGAAGCUAAGGUGAAGGAACUUCUGAACGCCAAUCCAUCAUCACGCAAACUUUCUCAAACCGAAGAGAACUGCAAGCUUGUAUUCACACAAGCCAAGCGUAGACGGCGCCACGAUCACCAUGCUAACCACAACCUCGAAGACUACUUCAAGACUCAUUUGUCCUGGCUGACUGAUGCCCAGAAAGACGAGUUGAGAGCUUUGAAGAAGGAUGGCAAAGGAAAAGACGAGAUUCAAGCUAAAGUAAUGGAGUUCUACGGAGCGGCUACUGGUGAAACUAAAGAGAAGGCUACCUCACAACUUCAGGCUGGUUGUCGCGAACUUUUGCAACAUGUUAUUGGAGCUGAGAAGAUGGUCGAGUUGAAGAAGUACAGAGAGAGCGGCAAGACCUUGGAAGAGGUUUCGGCCAAGGCUUACGAGUUCGCGGCCGCUGUUGAGGAAAACGAGCACAAGAAGGAGGCCCAGAAGUAUACAACUCAAUGUAAAUCAUUGUUCGGUCUUUCUUCUAGACGCCGUAGACACGAUCUGUCAUUUAUCGCUUUCUAA